AUGAUUUCACUGCCUGACCGAUCUCAAGCACAAUUUGGUAGCCCCAGUGCCGAAUACUUCCGGGACCGCAGCUUGAUGAAUAUAUCGAACCAUCUUCUGAGCGAGGACAAGACCUCGAACCGGAUCGAUGAGAAAGGAAUGUCUGCUAUGCAUUGGGCAGCCUCUUGUGGAAAUUUAGACAUUAUUCGCCAAUUCUCACAGAAGGAUUUAUGGAUGACCUUUCACAGAGAUAAUGCCGGCAGGGUGCCAUUGGAUUGUGCGGCGGAAAAUAACGAAACCGAAGUUGUAAGAGAAUUAGCCCCCCACACUGUAAUUGAUAUGGGGGACAAGAGGGGACGAACAGCCCUUCAUUGGGGCGUGUUGAAAAGCAACGAGGAAAUUGUUGCCCUCCUGCUGGCAAAAGACUUUGCACCCAACCCUUGGAACAGCUUCCAAAAUCCUACCUCGCCCCCGCUUCCGUCUGCUUGGGUUGAUUCGCAGAUGGAAUCAGGGGACACUGCAUUGCACCUGGCAGCUGCACGUGAUUCUCCAAAGAUUCUUUCUUUGCUGGUAAAGGCAUGCGACCUCAGGCUUGAGGAUUUGGAAGGAAAGACAGCUCUCGAAAUAGCUUUGCUUAGCGAGCACGAAAUUAAUGCGAAAAUCAUACUUGGGGAGAUGGCGCGGCGUAACGUGAAGGGGAGAUUUGGAUCAAGUGCUCUAAAGAUCGUGAAAAAGUGGCCCGAUGACAGAGAGUCCUGGAAUGGCGAGGUGCUCUGCUGGGCAGCUUUCAAUGGGUUUAAGAAAAUUAUCACACGUAUGCUCAAGGCCACGCCCAUAUUGGGCUUUAUCGCUCGGGAUCCCUCUGGCAGAACAGCGCUUCAAGCUGCGGCAGAGCAGGGCCAUCUUCAAAUAGUCAAACUUUUGCUCAAAAGAAGAGCAGACGUCAAUGCCCCACCCGGAACGGCCCAUGGUCGAACUGCCCUUCAAGCGGCAGCAGAACACGGCCAUCUUGAAAUCGUUGAACUCUUGCUUAAAAGCAAGGCGAAGAUUAAUGCUCCUCCUGCCCAGACCUAUGGCCGUACCGCCCUUCAAGCCGCAGCAGAACGGGGCCACUAUGACAUGAUAAAGCUGCUCCUUUCUAAAGGAGCAGAUAUCAAUGCCUUGCCUGGACCUAGCUAUGGACGAACAGCCCUUCAGGCCGCAGCAGAACGGGGCCAUUAUGACAUGAUAAAGCUACUUCUUUCUAAAGGAGCAGAUAUCAAUGCCUUGCCUGGACCUAGCUAUGGACGAACAGCCCUUCAGGCUGCAGCAGGACAGGGCCAUCUUGAGAUUGUCAAGCUGCUUCUAUCCAAGGGAGCUGAAAUUAACGCUCUCCCGGCAUCUAUCUAUGGCCGGACGGCCGUUCAGGCUGCGUCAGAGCGGAGAGAUACUGGCAUGGUUGAGCUGCUUUACUCUAGAGGAGCCAAUGUCAAUGCCUUGCCUGGCGAAAUAUUUGGCCGUACAGCCCUUCAAGCUGCGGCAGACCAGGGGUAUCUUGAAACGGUCAAGCUACUACUAUCCUAUGGAGCCGACAUCAAUGCCGCGCCUGGGCUCACCAACGGCCAAACUGCCCUUCAAGCCGCGGCAGGACAAGGAUAUCUCGAAAUGGUCAAGCUGCUUCAUUCCAAUGGCGCCCAAGUAAAUGCCCUGCCUGGAAAAAUCUUUGGUCGAACAGCCCUUCAAGCGGCGGCAGAGCAAGGCCAUCAUGACAUGAUAAAGCUUCUUCUUUCCUAUGGAGCAGAGAUCAAUGCGCUGCCUGGACACACAUAUGGCCGAACCGCCCUCCAGGUUGCAGCAGAACGGGGCCACCUUGGUAUUGUCACGCUGCUUUACUCUAGAGGAGCUGAAGUCAAUGCCUCACCUGGGGAAAUCUUUGGCCGUACUGCGCUUCAAGCUGCCGCAGAGCAAGGCUAUCUUAAAACGGUCAAGCUACUGCUUUCCUAUGGAGCAGACAUCAAUGCCGCGCCUGGACUCACCGAGGGCCGAACUGCCCUUCAAGCCGCAUCGGAACAAGGAUAUCUUCGAAUCGUUAACCUGCUUCACUCCAAUGGCGCACAAACCAAUGCCCCGCCUGGAGGAGCCUUUGGACGAACAGCCUUUCAAGCUGCCGCAGAACAGGGAGAUCUAACCAUGGCAAAAGUGCUCCAUACCAUUGGAGCGGACAUCAAUGCGCCGGCUGGACACACCAGCGGCCGAACUGCGCUUCAAGCCGCAGCAGGGCGGGGCCAUUAUGCCAUGAUAAAGCUGCUUCUUUCCUAUGGAGCAGAGGUUAACGCCUCGCCUGGAACCAUCAAGGGCAGAACCGCUCUCCAAGCUGCUGCAGAGAAUGGGUAUCUAGGAGUGGUCAAACUGCUUCUCUCCCAUGGAGCCGAGAUCAACGCCUCGCCUGGGACGGCCCACGGCCAAACCGCCCUUCAAGUGGCAGCAGAAAACGGCCACUAUGAGAUGAUAGAGCUACUUUACUCCAAUGGGGCAGACAUCAAUGCGCUGCCUGGGCACACUGACGGCCGAACCGCCCUUCAAGCCGCAGCAGAACGGGGCCACCUUGGCAUCGUAAAGCUGCUUGUUUCCUAUGGAGCAGAGAUCAACGCCUUGCCUGGACCCACCAAUGGCCGAACUGCCCUUCAAGCUGCAGCAGGACAGGGCCAACUUGAGAUCGUCAAUUACUUGCUUGAAAUCAAAGCAGAUGUUAAUGCAUCGCCAGCCGCUGUCGGUGGCCGAACGGCCCUUCAGGCCGCAGCGGAACGGGGCCAACUCGAAAUGGUAAAGCUGCUUGUUUCUCAUGGAGCGAAUCCUAAUGCAUCCCUUGCGCACACCAACGGCCGAACCGCCCUUCAAGCCGCAGCCGAGGAAGGCCAUAUUCCGAUAGUCAAAUUUUUGCUUGAAAGUAAAGCAAAUGUCGACGCGUCGCCUGCCCCAUUCGAUGGCCGAACGGCCCUCCAGGCAGCGGCGGAACGGGGCAAACUUGAAGUUGUAAAGCUACUCCUUUCUCAUAACGCAAACAUCAACGCCACUCUUGCACCUACGAAUGGUCGGACAGCCCUUCAAGCUGCAGCAGAGCAGGGCAAUCUGGAAAUGGGCAGAUGUCAAUGCCCCCCGGCAGUUUUCCGUGGUCGGUCCGCCCUUCAAGCUGCAGCAGAGCAGGGUCAUUCUAAAAUGGUGACACUGCUUCUGUCUAAGGGCGCCAAGGUCGAUGCCUCGCCUGCACAGAACCAUGGCCGAACAUCCCUUCAAGCCGCAGCGGAAAAGGGCCAUCUUCGCAUCGUACGGCUGCUUCUUUCAUAUAGAGCAGGAAUCAAUGCCCCACCAGGGAUCACCGGAGGCCGAACAGCCCUUCAGGCCGCAGCUGAACAGGGCCAUCUUCCAGUGGUGCAGAUGCUUCUUUCCUGUGGAGCUGACAUUUAUGCCUCAGGUACACCUAUCGAAGGCCAAACCGCCCUCCAGGCCGCAGCAAAUCAAGGUCAUCAUGACAUAGAACGCGUGCUUCAUUCCUAUAAAACGGAAACGAAUGCCCAAUAUACUCUCUACCUUAGCUAA